AUGGGCAAGCAAACAAAAUUUCGAUCUUCUACGGGAGAUGCGAAAGAACCACCGCGAUAUAUUCUCGAUCUUGCUGACCAGGUCUGGGGCAAGGUCAAAGAAGCUCACGAGACCAAGACAAAGUCGACCGAAACCGCCUCCGGCAGGCUUUCAGAGCAUGGAGAAGCCGAUGAUGAUACGCUACGUGUGACUUUACUUGCCAAAGGUGGUUACAACGACGUCUGGCGCGCUACCAGCACGACCGAUGACCGAUGCUCAUUCGUACUCCGCGUUCCAAACGAGGACUCACUGAAACCUCAUCAAGUGCAGAACGAGGUCGGUUGGCUACUCCAUGUGAAGAAGCACUGCGCCGACAUACCAGUACCGACAGUCUAUGACUACUGCGAUGGAUCCAAAAGCGGCGAACGGCCAUUCAUCGCGCAAAAAUACGUCGAUGCGCCCGCACUCAGUCAAGCCUGGUUGACUUACACCGAGCCAGAGAAGCAUGUGGUCGCCAAGAAGAUUGCCGAGCUGAUCAUACGAUUAGGAGAGCAGCGCUUCGAGAAAAUAGCUGGUAUGCUGCCCGAUGGGACGCUUGGCCCGACAGUUGAAGGAUGCAAGCUGUACAAAGGUCGCGACGCUUUCCACUCUCCGACGUGUUACGACAUCGGCCCAUAUGCGACCAUUAAAGAGUACAUCCUGGCGUACUACGACAAAGAGAUCUAUUACUACUCCCAUGCAUCUGCCCCGGACCUUGACGAAGAUCUGUUUGAGGAGGUGUCACCUGCAGAAUACGUCGAAGCCCUCACACAGAAACAAGCAUCGCUUGAAGCCGAGCUGAAUGCGAACCCUGCGGAAGAACCCUUCGUGUUAUGCCACAACGAUCUACAAGGCCGCAACAUCCUCAUGGACGGUACGUCCAUUGCCGCCGUGAUUGACUGGGAGUUUGCUGGCUCGUAUCCACUGAGUGAGCUAGAGGACACAGGGGUAGAUGUGCUGGAGAUGGACGAUGAAGACGCCACAGAAGAGUGCUUUCACUGGAGCGGCGUCAUCUCGGACCUUGUGAAAGUCAUCGCAAAAGAGAGGGGCUGGUCGAAUGAGGACGUGAAGCUGCUGGAGGAUGGCGGCAAUCCAACGCUGCAGGCUGUGAGAGUCGAAAUGUUCCCGGAGCAGAAGUACGAGGAAGAAGAGGUGGAAGGAUCAGUUUUGAGGCGGAGGCUGCGCUGGAUCUUACGCUUAUGUAUGCCUUAG